AUGUCGCAAAAUUUGACUGAGGAACAGAUUGCUGAGUUUAAGGAGGCGUUUGCGCUUUUUGACAAGGAUAACAGCGGGUCUAUAUCUGCUAGCGAGCUAGCCACUGUGAUGAGAUCGUUGGGUCUUUCGCCCAGCGAGGCUGAGGUAGCCGACUUGAUGAAUGAGAUUGAUGUUGACGGCAACCAUGCGAUUGAGUUCAGUGAGUUUUUGGCGUUGAUGUCGAGACAGUUGAAGACUAACGACUCUGAGCAGGAGUUGUUGGAGGCGUUCAAGGUGUUUGACAAGAACGGGGACGGGUUGAUCUCAGCGGCCGAGUUGAAGCAUGUGUUGACUUCUAUUGGUGAGAAAUUGACGGAUGCGGAAGUAGAUGAGAUGUUGAAGGAGGUGAGCGAUGGUUCAGGCGAGAUCAACAUCAAGCAAUUCGCUGCGCUUUUAUCGAAAUAG